AUGGCUGGGGACAACCGAGCGGCCAGCCCAAGGAACGACCUGGCGCAUCUGGAAGCCAGCGAAGAUGCUGAGAUGCGCGCCGCCCGUCGAGAGCUCAAGCAGUCGUCCAUAUCGGACCCUCCUCCAUCGGCAAGAGAUUCUGGUGACGUAUCCGACGCGCAAAACGAGGACUUGAAGACAAAGGUUUCGUCGCCAAAGAAGAAGCGGGCGCAUGAUCAGCUAGACGGCGACAAGGAGGCCAAAGACAGCGAUUCCACCAGCAUCGCCUCGACGGAUUCUGCCAAGGACAGGGCGUCGCGACUCGAGCCCGAGAAGAAGCGGCAUCGCGACGAAGAGUCUGGCGAUGCGAACUUGAAGCCUGUACAGCCUGAGGCGCAGCCGGCGGUGCCGCACGAUGACGGUGAUGCCACAGCCCGCAGCGACAAGACGCCGGAGACGUCCUCAAGCGCAUUUGCGACAACAGGGUUUGGCAAACUAGCCAAGGGGUCGUCGGCCUUUGCUGCCCUUAGCUCCAACGGGUUCGCAAGCAAGACUGGCGGCGGCUUCGCUUCCGCAUUUUCGGCGACGAAGCCCUUGACCACUUUUGCCGCCGCUGGCGGCAAAUCACUCCAGAGCGGGAAAGCCGCCAAGCCCUUUGGAGCCCCAGACAGCGACUCCGAUGAUGGCGAUGACGAGACCGAGGAGCAGGGAGAGACCGAAGACCAGGUCGAUGAGCCACUACGCGCCACAUCACCCGACAAGGAGGCAGAUGACAAGAGGAGAACGAAACUUCACAAAGUUGAAGUGGACGAUGGAGAAGCCGGAGAAGCGACCAUCGUGUCGAUAAGGGCAAAAAUGUUUAGCCUUGACAAGGAAGCCGGAUGGAAGGAACGGGGAGCUGGCAUGCUGAAAAUCAACGUUCCACGAGGCUGCGUCGAGUUUGACGAGGCCGACGACGAGGCCGGUGAUGAGUCCAAAGGUCACAAGGUGGCCCGCCUAAUUAUGCGGCAAGACCAGACCCAUCGUGUCAUCCUGAACACAGUCAUUGUCCCUGCCAUGCAAUUCCAACAAAAGACGUCUCUGAAAUACGUGGGUAUUAUGUUUACGGCUUUCGAAGGGACCGAGGCCAAGCCAGUCAGCGUCACAAUGAGGACAUCCGCCGCCAACGCCAAGAUCUUCAUGAGAGAAAUCGGCAUGGUCCAGAAAGAGCUGAGGGGAAACUAA